GCAGAUCCAACUGACAGUCUCCUUGCACGUUAAAGCUUCGCUGCGAUUCCAAAGUGCGUACUACCUAGGAUGACCCUCCUGUUCGCCUCCCGCGUGCUUGUCAAGCGCGCUGGCGCCUUUACGACGCCUGUAAGUGGUCGCAGCGUGUAUACUAAGGGCCUGGCCAAGGACAUGAUGAGCAAGUCCUGCUACAAUGGCGUCAACUUCGUCAUCCCUGAGAAGGCCACCGUGUUUGAGGCACUGAAGCGCAUGGCGGGUAUUAACCUCGGCUGUCUCGCCGUCAGUGGCGAAGGCGGCAAGUUCGUAGGUAUCCUCACGGAGCGCGACUACCUGAAGAAGGUGGAGCUUCAAGGGCUCACGGCCAAAGACACACUCGUGAAGCAGAUCAUGACGAACCGAGCCCGUCUCAUCGUCGCUUAUGCGAAUGAGACUCCCAGCCAGCUUAUGACCAAGAUGCUCUCCAGUGACAUUCGUCACUUGCCCGUGGUCAACGACGAUGGCGAUCUAAUCGGCAUGCUGUCCAUCAAGGAUUUGGUGCGCGAAAUCAACCGUGAGCACGACGCCGACAUGGACACACUCAGCAAUUUCGCUAUGGGCCACGGCGGUCACUUUGUGUUGGACUAAAGUAAUCGCCGCCUGCUGUAGAGGAAUGAAUUAUCUCUACACAAUCCUCCCGCUUGAUUUACCGAAUGCUAGAGCUCCUGCUGUGCUCGCUCGUCUCUUUGCUCGUAACGGAUUUUAAACUCGAGCAAUGCUGCAUUGUUUUUCCCUUAGCGACUGGACUAGUUAAAUCACGAAUGCGAGUAGUACAAUUGGCCUUGUCUGAAUCUGGCGAGUUUAGUGACAAGCCAAGGCUUAUCAUGAGCAGUUCCGUUUUACCUGCCGGCCACAGUACGCCAUCGAGCUCUCUAUGGCGUGAAAGGCUCGCUAUUGUGCUUUCAGA